UCUUAUUUUGUUUGGAUUGAAAAUUUAAGUGUAACUAAUGUUUAAUAUUCAAGUUUGUGCAUCACCAACUGUUAUAGUUUUCUUGCUAUUAUCAUUAUCCUGUUGGUUAUGCAUAUGUCGAUGGUGGUUUCAUUAUAACAUGAAGGAUCAAGAGGUGGUUUCCUCAUUGAUUUCUUAUUACGCAGUCAUUACACUGUUAAAUAUGAUAUUCUUGGGACACUUUAGCAUGACCCAAAACUGUUCCCAACCUUAAUAUAAAUAAAACCAGUCAAAUAAAUGAAGAAUAAUGUCCUAAUUUACCAUUCUGAAGACCAAAGUUAGUUUUUGAACUAACACGCAUCUUUUACCGCUGAUAACAUCUAGAGGUUAUGAGCAACUUCCGGCUGCGCGAGUCGCAAUAUAAAACUCUCGUGAAAGAGGUAGACAUUCCUUUGCAUUUCUCCCUAUAAAAAUAUCAGAUCAUUUAUUUUUAAGUAAAAAUCAAGAUGAUGAUGAAUACUUUAAGGUCAAUUGUACAGAGUAAGAUCCAAUACCGUCAAUUCCACCAAUGUUUUAGAUAUUGUCAAGCUGAAGUAGCAACAGCAUCAGUAGAAAAAUUAACGAUUCCUGCUCCGGAAUCUUCAGAGAUGGUUGUUAGUCCUAAAAUUGAGAAAAUUUUUCAAGAAAUCAGUAGUCUAAAUUUAAUUGAAGUAGCUCAGCUUAGUGAUGUGCUGAAGAAACGAUUGAAUCUUCCUGAUGCUCCAAUGAUGGCAAUGGCUGGACCAGCAGCACCUGCAGAGGAAGCAGCAGAAAAGAAACAAGUACAAAGUUCAUUCACCGUAAAAUUAACAAAGUUUGAUGAAAAGCAAAAAGUAGCUAUAAUAAAAGAAAUUAAAGCACUACUACCUGAGAUGAAUCUUGUACAAGCUAAAAAGUUUGUCGAAAGUGUCCCAUCAGUAGUGAAAGCGGAUAUAUCAAAAGAUGAAGCAGAUCAAUUGAAAGCAGCUUUAGCCAAAGUUGGUGGAGAUGUUGAAAUAUCAUAAAUAAUAAUUAACUGAUUAUGAUACUUUUUACUUGUGGCUUUAUUACCCUUAGUUUUAUAAUAAAUAUUCACAACAGAGUAAAAUUAA